AUGCACAACGGCGUCGGGAUCCCGAUCGCGCGGGGCUCCGGCACCAGCGGCCGCGUGCAGUCCAACAAGUUCCUCCCUCGUCCCCAGCACUCCCCCUCCGCCGCCGCUGGUGCGCCGCGCGAUCUCCCCGCCGCCGCCGCGGGCGGUAUCAAGGAGGAGAUGGCGGAGCACGAGCGGAGGCGGGCGGUGGAGGUGCGCCUGCUCGAGCUCCGCGACGUCCUCGAGGAGCAGGGCCACACCGACGCCGAGAUCGCCUCCCGCCUCGCCGAGGCCCGCAAGGUUGCCGCCGCCGACGCCGCCACCGCGGCUGGCCGUUAA